AUGGCUCCUGUGUUUUGUCACAAAGACACGUGCUCUCAACAUGGUAUAUGCGUGAACAAGAUUGAUCAUGCGGAGUGCAUUUGUGACGAAGGAUGGCGAGGACGAUGGUGUUCGUUGAAUAUUUCGCAAAUUUUUGGGCUGGCCAAGGAUUUGGGCAAUGCCACAGACAACCUACCGAGACAAACUAUCGAAGAAAUGCGUGAAAUUGAACCACAAGCUGCCUUCCAGUCGCAACGUCUUCGUUUUGUAGCAGUGGCUGCAGGUGCGUCGUUUUAUGCACGCAACCCGUAUCGUUUCCAUUUGGAUCCAUACUAUGGAUGCAGAUUCUACUAUUGGUUGGUCAAUACGGCUUAUGCUAUUGUAAGAAUUGUGUUUAAGAAGCGAUUGCCACCGUGCUAUAUUGUGCCGUUUGUUGUGGUUGCACUAGCGAUUUCGACGAAUUGGGCAAGUGUUUGCCAGCCAUGGUCAUGCAUUGGAUCGUUUGCCCAGGAGACGUUCGCCUUACAGCUGUGGCUUGUCGCCCUAAAUGGUGGCCUUAUGCUCAUCUCAAUCGCUGCUACCGAGAGUGCUUAUUUGACCGCAAAAAAUUACGCAGAUGCUGAGAUCCGCAGAUGUGUGUAUUUCCUGGCGAAUCAUCCGUACGAACUGAGCUCAAGAAUGCUGUGUGUUGAACGAAAUUUUUAUUUCAUUCCUAUUGGAGCGAUUGUUCAUUUUGGAUGCUGGGUUUCGGUGAUACUAGCAACCGAAUAUCAAAAUACUGCAGUAACCGUUAUUGCAGUGACUUUUCUCGUAGCAUACAGCAUCUUCAUCAUUGCACAGCUCAUUUUCACAAGAGGCGAGUUGCAUAAGUACGUAACGAUAAUCGCGAUGAUGUUUCUACCGAAAUCAUUGGCACCAGAAUUUGAAUUCUACGAUAUGCUCACAAGAGAUGAAGUGCUUGCUAAAUGGAAACCGUCGAGAUAUCUGAAGGAAAAACAAGAUAACGAGAAAGCAGAACAGUUGGAACGCAAUGAACUCGUUCGACAAAUCCAGCAUCAAAAUGCCGAACUCUCAAAAAAGUAUGCAAAUUUACCAUCCAUAUUGUUAUUCAACAUACCCGACGAAGGUCCUCCGGUCAGAUUUCCAAGUGAAUUUCCACUGUCACCAAUGGACGAUGAAUAUAUACCGGAAUGGCAGCGUAUGAUGUUUCAAAAUGACUGGACGAACACCUAUAUGAAUUGUCGUCGAGACGGCAUGAAUGUUGAUGAUGCAAUCAUGACAACGAAAAAGGUCAUCAUUGAUCAAGAUGAUUACCUGAUGAAUUUGACGCCAGGUGGACUCCUUCUUUGGACUGGUUGGAUGAAUCGAAUGCGAGCCGAAGAUACCUUCUCUAAAGAACUUCUCGAAAAUCGCAAAAUAAGAAAUCCGUUCGAUUCGCUACCUGAUACGAAUAAAUCAGACAAUCCGGUAAAUGAGGAAGCAAACAGAUUACAUGUGCUGAACGGAGAGACAAUCCGCGAGCGGAUUGUGAAAGCACCAUCUGUACGCCUCAAAAUGCAGAUCAGAGCAAUGUCAGAGAUAUGGCAAGAAACUAUGAAACAACGAAACGCUCCGUUUGAUGCAGUCUACGCAGACGAUCCAAUUGUUGCGCAUCUCAUCGAAACCUCUGAUAAGGAGACAGUUUACGAUAUAUUGAAUGUGCAAGAAGCUGAAAUCGAACGACCAAAGUUUGCGGAGUCUCAAAGACCAAUCUCACUGAAUCCCAGACGUCGCCCACUCGAUGAGUUCUGGCUUGAUCCCGACAUGCCAGGCUUUGUCGGUCCGCAUGAUCUGUCCAGUUUCGAUAAUCCGGUUUUCGAUCCAGACCUGCGUGCACGCCGAUUUUUCAACAAAAUUUUGGAUCGUCAAUGGAAAACGGCAUGUGAGCAGAACACUGAAUUUGAACUCGCCAUGUUGCAUUUGAGAAAUAGCGGCGAUGUUCACUGCAGAGAUUGUUGUUUCUUUACGGUGUACGGCGUUGAUUGCUAUUUCAAAUGUGCUUGUGCUACGUGGGCUUAG